ACCUAGUUAAAACUACCACCAUCAUCUCUGUCUUAGAUUGCAGUGAGUCCCAGCUGGUGUCCUUCAACUUGACUCUCUUCAGCCCACUCAUUCAUUCUUCACUCUGCAGCCAAGAUUUUUCAACAGCAUAAGUCUGAUGAUGCCACUUUCCUGUUUCAGACUCCUUAUGUUGGCCAGUCCUGUGAUGGCCAAUCCUCCCCACCCGCGAUGGAGCCAGCCUACCUUUGGGUUCCUAUUGGACAUCGAUGGAGUGCUGGUGCGGGGCCAUAGAGUGAUCCCUGCAGCUCUGAAAGCCUUCCGCAGGCUGGUGAAUGCCCAGGGGCAACUGCGGGUGCCUGUGGUCUUUGUCACGAAUGCUGGGAACAUCUUACAACAAGGUAAAGCCCAGGAGCUAUCAGCCCUCCUGGGCUUCAAGGUGGAGCCAGAUCAAGUUAUUCUUUCUCACAGUCCCUUGAAGCUCUUCUCAAAAUAUCAUGGAAAGCGGAUGCUAGUGUCUGGGCAGGGACCCGUGGUGGAAAAUGCCCAAGUACUGGGCUUCAAGAAUGUGGUUACUGUGGACGAGCUGCGGAUGGCCUUCCCUGUGCUUGACAUGGUGGAUCUCCAGCGGCGGCCAAAGACCACGCCCCUUCCAAGGAAUGACUUCCCCACCAUUGAAGGGGUGCUCCUCCUUGGGGAGCCAGUACGCUGGGAGACAAGCUUGCAGCUGAUCAUGGAUGUCCUUCUCAGCAAUGGGAACCCUGGGACUGGUCUGGCGACGGCUCCCUAUCCCCAUCUCCCUGUCCUGGCCAGUAACAUGGAUCUUCUUUGGAUGGCUGAAGCCAAGAUGCCCAGGUUUGGCCACGGCACCUUUCUGUUGUGCCUGGAAACCAUUUACCACAAAGUGACAGGCAAAGAGCUGAGAUACAAGGGCCUGAUGGGCAAACCCAGCAUCCUCACUUACCAAUAUGCGGAGGAACUGAUCAGGCAGCAGGCAGAGAGGCGGGGCUGGGCUGCCCCCAUCCAGAAGCUGUAUGCUGUAGGUGAUAACCCUAUGUCUGAUGUCUACGGUGCCAACCUGUUCAACCAGUACCUGCAGAUGGUGAAGCAUGAGGGGGCAGAGGAGCUGGAGGCCAGUGGUCUGUGGAAGCAGCAGCCCUCAGCAACCCAGAGCUGUGCCUCCAUCCUGGUGUGCACUGGCGUGUACAGUCCCAAGGCCCCAGGGUCCACAGAGCCUGCUCAGGGAGGAGAGAAGCCUCCCUUCCAUGGGCACCGGGACUUCAGCUUUAGUCCAGGGCUUAUGGAGGCGUCCCACAUUGUGAAUGAUGUGGACGAGGCUGUGGAGCUGGUUUUCCACAAGGAGGGUUGGACUUUGUAGUGAGGACUGUGCGUUUGAGGCAGGGGGAGGGAGGGUGCCAUUUGCUGGCUUCUGGCCUGGAUCACAGGGCGUCAUGUCAGCUCCUGCUCCCCGUGAUGCUCUUCCUGCUGCCCCACAGAUGUGACACUACUGGUUACUUGGAAGAAGAUACUGACUUUUUCUCUUGUGGGGCAGUAACCACAGAACUGUACCCUGGGUAGCAUUAUGGGUAGAACUAUCCGGAUUUCCUGAGUCCAAUUCCUGUCUGCUUCUUCUGGCAGUCUGACCUCAGCCCAGUCCCUUUACCUGUGUGCCUCAGUUUCCUCCUCAUUUCAGUAGGGAGUUCUGGGAAAAGGGGAGGCGAUAUUUAAUAAUGUGGAAAUUUCUGCAGGACGUUUGCCUGCAUUAAGGGAACCGCUGCAUGCCAGCAAGGUGUCUAACACUCAGAUACUACUUUUUAUUUCAGCUUAUCACCCAGAGACUUUUGAGCUUAUUUUUUUAAUUAAAACAAUCAUAAUAAAUAUUCAUUAUGCCAUA